AUGGCCAACAGAUUUUUGCAUUAUUUGCAUUGCAUUUUGCAAAAUGGAGAAAUUUAUCCAAAGAGGCAAAAAAGCAACGACCAAAAAAAAAGAUGGAAUUAUUUUAGAAGAUCCUCAGAUAAAACGUUAGCCAAAUGCAAUACAUGCGGAAAAGAAUAUAAGACAACUGGCAACACAAGCUACUUGUCUGAUCAUCUGAAAAGAUUCCAUCCAGUCAUAAAUACGCAAGAUAGAGAAGAGGAAAGAAUAUUUGCAUCAGGAUCUGGUAGUACUGGUAGUUUCAGUAGGGGCAGUUCACCUUCCACAUCUGCUCAAUCCAGCCAAAGAUCAGUGAGUCCAUUUUUCAAGCAAGCAAUGCUAUACAACGAUCAAUCUUCUCGAAAGAAAAAUUUGGAUUUCGCUGUAGUUGACAUGCUUGCACUAGACUUUCAACCUUCUACAAUAAACAAGGGAUUCAAAAACUUAGUUUCUUUAUUGGAUCCAAGGUAUGAUCUACCCAGUACUUACACACUUGGUGGAAAACUACUAAAUCAACGAUACACUGACAUACACAAUAAGCUUAAAGAAGAUAUAUCAGGUGUGGACUAUGUAGCUUUAACAUGUAAUGGGCGGACCGCAAGAGCUACCGAGUCAUAUUUGACUAUAACAUGCCAUUUUGUGUCUAAUCAUCAAUUACAUGCUGAAGUGCUACCUACAAAGCCACUGACUAAUGGUGUUAAUCACACUUCAGAGAAUAUUGCUGCUUCUAUACAAGAAAUCAUUGAUGAAUGGGAAAUUGAUCACAACAUAACUUCCAUUGUAACAGAUAAUGCAGCCAGUAUGAUCAAGGCAUGUGAAUUAUUGAAGAAAAAACAUUUUCCAUGCUAUGCACAUACUUUGAAUCUUGUUGUUCAGGACAAUAUGAAAUUGAUACAACCAAUUCUGAAAAAAUGUAAAGACAUUGUAACUUUCAUUAAACAGAGCACAACUACAAUGGAAAUAUUUAAAAAAGAACAAAAUAGUGAAAAGCCUUUAAAGCUUAUACAAGAGUGUCCCAUACGUUGGAACAGUAGUUACUACAUGAUUGAGCAUAUUUUGAAAACCAAUGAAGCAAUUGGUAGAACAUUGCUAAAAGUCAGAAAAGCACCUCAACCUCGUUCUGUGGAUGAUAUUUGUGUUUUGACAGAAUUAGUAGAAGUAUUAGAAAUUUUUAAGGAGGCCACAAAAAAAAUUUCAGGUUCCAAAUAUGUAACAAUAUCAUUAGUAAUUCCAGUUACUAUGGGACUCAAUAAUAAUUUAAAAAUAACUUCAACAAAUAUGGAGACAGACGAUGGAAAAAAAUUCAGCAAGGGGCUUAUUGACUCAGUUAUAAUUAGACUAUUUCCAUAUGAAAACAGAACCGUGGCAAAAAUAACUUCAUUGUUGGACCCUAGAUUAAAAAAAGAAGGCUUUCGCAUUCCUGCGAAUGCCUGUGCAGCCAUAAAUUUGUUAGAUUCUGACAUGAUUUCCAUACUGAAAAAAAAAACAGAAAAAAAUGGGGGAUCAAAAUCAAAAUAUACAAGGUUUGUAAUAGGACUGAGUCGAUUUAAAAAAAAAUAUUGA